AUGGCCUCGCUGGACCUGCCGUACCGCUGCCCGCGCUGCGGGGAGCACAAGCGCUUCCGCAGCCUGUCGUCGCUGCGCGCGCACCUGGAGUACAGCCACACCUACGAGACGCUCUACAUCCUCUCCAAGACCAACAGCAUCUGCGACGGGGCGGCCGCCGCGGCCGCGGCCGCCGCGGCGUCCGGCUUCCCGCUGGCGCCCGAGCCUGCCGCCCUGCUGGCGGUGCCCGGCGCCCGGCGCGAGGUCUUCGAGAGCACGUCCUUCCAGGGCAAGGAGCAGGCGGCCGGGCCGUCGCCCGCCACGCCCCACCUGCUGCACCACCACCACCACCACGCGCCCCUCGCCCACUUCCCCGGGGACCUGGUGCCCGCCAGCCUGCCCUGUGAGGAGCUGGCGGAGCCCGGCCUCGUGCCCGCCGCCGCCGCGCGCUAUGCCCUGCGCGAGAUCGAGAUCCCUCUGGGGGAGCUGUUCGCCCGCAAGUCGGUGGCCUCCUCCGCGUGCUCCACACCGCCGCCCGGCCCCAGCCCUUGCCCUGGGCCCACCUCCGCCUCGCCUGCUUCCCCCUCACCUGCCGAUGUGGCUUAUGAGGAAGGCCUGGCUCGACUCAAGAUCCGUGCACUGGAGAAGCUGGAGGUGGACCGACGACUGGAGAGGCUGAGCGAGGAGGUGGAGCAGAAGAUCGCAGGCCAGGUAGGCCGGCUGCAGGCCGAGCUGGAGCGCAAGGCUGCUGAGCUGGAGACUGCGAGGCAGGAGAGCGCCCGGCUGGGGCGCGAGAAGGAGGAGCUGGAGGAGCGAGCUUCUGAGCUCUCGCGGCAGGUGGACGUGAGUGUGGAACUGCUGGCCUCUCUCAAGCAGGACCUCGUGCACAAGGAACAGGAGCUGAGCCGCAAGCAGCAGGAGGUGGUGCAGAUCGACCAGUUCCUGAAGGAGACAGCGGCACGGGAAGCCAGCGCCAAGCUGCGGCUGCAGCAGUUCAUCGAGGAGCUCCUGGAGCGGGCGGACCGCGCCGAACGGCAGCUGCAGGUCAUCAGCAGCAGCUGCGGCAGCACACCAAGUGCCAGCCUGGGCCGUGGAGCUGGGGGAAGCGGCGCCGGGCCUGCGCCCCGGGGCCCAGGCCGAAUGCGAGAGCACCACGUGGGCCUGGCCAUGCCUAGCACAUACGCAGUGUCCCGGCAUGGCUCCUCUCCCAGCACAGGGGCCUCCAGCCGUGUCCCAGCUGUGUCCCAGAGCUCAGGCUGCUAUGACAGUGACAGUCUGGAGUUGCCCCGACCAGAAGAGGGGGCGCCUGAAGACAGUGGGCCUGGGGGCUUGGGCACAAGGACCCAGAAUGCCAACGGUGGCUCAGAGCGGGCUCAGGCCCCUCGAAGCUCAGGCCUGCGGCGCCAGGCCAUUCAAAACUGGCAGCGCAGACCCCGCCGACACAGCACGGAGGGGGAGGAGGGUGAUGUUUCGGAUGUGGGCUCCCGAACCACCGAGUCAGAGGCUGAGGGCCCCUCAGACGUCCCCCACCCUGGGCCUGCUAUGGCUGGGCCAUUGAGCAGCUGCCGGCUCUCAGCCCGCUCGGAGGGAGGCAGUGGGCGGGGUCGCCGAGCAGAGAGGGGCAGCCCCUCACGCUCCAACGAGGUCAUCAGCCCGGAGAUCCUCAAGAUGCGAGCCGCUCUGUUCUGCAUCUUCACCUACUUGGACACACGCACGCUGCUGCAUGCCGCCGAGGUCUGCCGGGACUGGCGCUUUGUGGCCCGACACCCCGCCGUCUGGACGCGGGUGCUGCUCGAGAACGCCCGAGUCUGUUCCAAGUUCCUGGCAAUGCUGGCUCAGUGGUGCACACAGGCCCACUCACUGACACUGCAGAACCUGAAGCCUCGGCAGCGUGGCAAGAAGGAGAGCAAGGAGGAGUAUGCCCGAAACACCCGCGGCUGCCUGGAAGCAGGGCUGGAGUCCCUGCUGAAGGCUGCAGGGGGCAAUCUGCUGAUCCUGCGCAUCUCCCACUGUCCCAACAUCCUCACCGACCGUUCGCUCUGGCUGGCCAGCUGCUACUGCCGUGCCCUGCAGGCGGUCACCUACAGGAGCGCCACAGAUCCCGUUGGCCAUGAGGUCAUUUGGGCCCUGGGCGCGGGCUGCAGAGAGAUUGUCUCCCUCCAGGUGGCGCCACUUCACCCCUGCCAGCAGCCCACGCGCUUCAGUAACCGCUGCCUGCAGAUGAUCGGUCGCUGUUGGCCCCACCUCAGGGCCCUGGGGGUUGGGGGCGCCGGCUGCGGGGUGCAGGGCCUGGCAUCACUCGCAAGAAACUGCAUGCGGCUGCAGGUCCUGGAGCUGGACCACGUGUCGGAGAUCACCCAGGAGGUGGCGGCUGAGGUCUGCCGGGAAGGCCUGAAGGGACUCGAGAUGCUGGUGCUCACGGCCACCCCCGUCACCCCCAAGGCCCUGCUGCAUUUCAACAGCAUUUGCCGGAACCUCAAAUCCAUUGUGGUCCAGAUUGGGAUUGCUGAUUAUUUCAAAGAGCCCAGCAGUCCUGAGGCCCAGAAGCUGUUUGAAGACAUGGUGACUAAACUUCAGGCCCUGCGACGGAGACCCGGCUUCUCUAAGAUCCUGCACAUCAAGGUGGAAGGCGGCUGCUAA